GAGCCUCUGGGAGACAGUUUGUGCAGGCUUUCAGGACACCAGAGCCCAGGAUCCUGUGGGAGAACGGCCACCUCCGGAUAUUUGGAAGGGUAAAGGGCGAUGACCACACCUGCGGGUUAUGGCGCCGGCUUUGGCACUGUGUCCUGGUGGGGUCUGUCCCCAGCGCUGGACCUACAGGCUGAAAGUCCUCCUGUGGACCCGGAGUCACAGGCCGCUACAGAGGACAAGAUCCCCGAGCUGGAUGCCCUGCUAUUAGGCUCUGUAGAUGGCAGACACAUGCUGCGGACACUGGCCAGGGCAGCGCUCUGGCCUCCCAGGAGAUUCAAUUUUUACGCGCUGGAGAAUAAUCUGGAAGCUGUGGCGAGACACAUGCUGAUCUUCAGUCUAGCCCUAGAAGAACCGGAGAAGAUGGGGCUCCAAGAGCGGAGUGAGACCUUCCUGGAGCUGUGGGGGAAUGCGCUGCUGCGACCCUCAGUAGCUGCCUUCGUGCGCGCCCAGGCCAGCUGCCUGGCCCACCUGGUCCCGGAGCCGGAUCGCCUGGAGGAGCAACUACCCUGGCUCAGCCUCCGGCCGCUCAAGUUCCGCGAGCGGGAUGCCCUGGAGGCCGUGUUCCGCUUCUGGUCAGGUGGGGAGAAGGGACCAGAGGUUUUUCCCAUGAGUUGCCUUUGGGACUCGAGGCUGCGCCACUACCUGGGUACCCGCUACGACUCCCGGCGUGGUGUUGCUGACUGGGACCUCAGCAUGAAGCUGCACGAUCGAGGGGCCCGAGUCAUCCACAUCCAGGAAUUCCGACGCUGGCGGGACACAGGUGUCGCCUUUGAACUCAGAGACUCGAGUGCUUACCAGGUGCCCAACAGGACCCUGGCGUCGGGUCGCCUCCUGAGCCAUCGUGGGGAACGCGUGGCAGUGCGAGGAUACUGGGGGGACAUCGCCACGGGGCCCUUUGUGGCUUUUGGCAUUGAGGCGGAUGACCAGAGCCUCUUGCGGACCAGCAACGGACAACCGGUCAAGACGGCGAGCGAGAUCACACAGCAUAACGUUGCAGAGCUGUUCAGAGAAGUGGCCGCCAGGAGGGGCCCGAGAGCAGUCCAGGGGAACCUGCAGGAGCCCAAGUCGCCAGAUGUGCCUACUCAGGAACACUUCACUAUCCACUUUCUGCCUCUCGAUUCUUCCCAGACUCUCCACCACAAGACCUGCUACCAGGGCCGGUUCCAGCUCCUCUAUGUCUCCUGUGGGAUGGUCCAUCUUCUCAGCCCUGAGCUCGGAGCUUGCGUGGCCCCCGGAGGGAACCUGGUUGUGGAAUUAGCUCGGUACUUGGUGGACCUGCGGCCCAAGGACUUGAAGGCAUUCUCAGACCGUGUUGAGGAGAUAGCACGGGCAGCUGGGUUUGCCCCUCAUGCUGGAACCAUGCCCUCGGAGACCUUUGCACGUUUCUACAAGUUAGGGGAUUCUACUAGGGGAGGUGGAGACUCAGCUGUGAAAUCUGUGCCUGAGCCCUCAGAAGUCCUGGCUGAUCAGGCCCCUUGUCUAGAAGCAGUGAGCCCACCUCAGGCUGACCAGGCCCCUCCUCUAGAAGAGAUGAGCCCACCUCAGGCUGACCAGGCCCCUCCUCUAGAAGCGGUGAGCCCACCUCAGGCUGACCAGGCCCUUCCUCUAGAAGAGAUGAGCCCACCUCAGGCUGACCAGGCCCCUCCUCUAGAAGCGGUGAGCCCACCUCAGGCUGACCAGGCCCUUCCUCUAGAAGCUGUGAGCCUACCUCAGGCUGACCCGGCCCCAACUCCGGAAGUAAUAAGCCCACUCCAGGAAGCUCUGGCAAUGUCCAUGGUGAAUGUACCUCCAAAACUAUAGUUUAACCUGAAUCCUAGCAACCCAAGAAUCCCACCUUUAACCGCUGAAGCAGGCCCCUGGACUGACACCAGCUGAUAUAACCAACCUUCAGCCUAUGGCUGUGGCCUGUUUUACUUUGCGUUC